AUGAUUAAUGUUCAGCUUCUCCUGCAGGCCUUGAACGCCCGGUCCGUCGAGAGCAUUGAUACCAGAGCUUCCCGUAUCUCUCAGCAUCUCCGUCUCCUUCGUGCAGAGAUCGAAAAUCAGCACAAGUCUUUGGCUGCAAUUCUCACCACGGGUUUUCAAACCGUCACUGCUACCAUCGAGAAGGGUUUGCGGGCGAAUGGAUAUGUAUUUAUCGAUGCUGGAGGAGCUGGGGGAGUAAAAGGCAUGAUAGUGAUGCUAUUAAAGAAGAUAUUUGAUAUCUGCAACCAGGUAGUGGGGUGGUGGACAGGUAGCCAGGAAGUAAAUGAGAAGGAGGAAGAGGAUAGUGAUAUGAAAUAA